AGAGGUGAACAGCACACACAUCCACCACACCACCUCCGGCCACCACACCGUCUUCACCCUCACGCCCACCACACCAUGGCGCCCUGGACUAGCUUGGCGCUGUUGUCCGCACUAGCGGUUAGCACGCUUAGUUCGCCUCGGCCCGACGAAAGUGCUUACAAAAUUCCGCAUGUGGGCACUGGACGACGUUCCCAGUACUAUGUUCAACACGCUGAUGGAACCUUCAAGUACGGCUAUGACACCGGUGAGGGAGCCUUCGAGGGUGCUCGUUCAUCCAGGGUUGGUCAGGUAGAUGGAAACUUCGGCUACAGGGACCCUGAAGGCAACAAUAUUCACCUCCAGUAUGUAGCUGAUGAGGGUGGAUUCCAGCCCAAGGGUGCCCAUCUCCCUGUCCCGCAUCCUGACUUUGCUCGUGCCCACGCUGAGGCUCGUGCUCGCCCUUCAUUCACCGACCCCCUUGCUGAUCCAAACGCCGAUGCCUCAUAUGGCUUCCAGUUCGCUGAAGAAGGUCAGACACGUAGCGAACAAAGUGAUUCAGACGGUAAUGUGCGUGGCUCUUACACUUACACUGACGAAGAAGGUCGCACACGAACCUACACUUACACAGCCGGUCGUGGCACUGGUUUUGUUGUCGAGGGUGACGAUCUACCGCAGGCACCAGAAGAUCCUGCGUCCACUCCAGCAGCGACCAGACUCUCCUCUUUUCCUGCAGCGUUCCCUUCUUCUAGUUUGCGACCUACUUCUCCAGCAUCCUCUGCCUCCUUCAGAGCAUCUACAGCUUCAGGAGCUCCAUCUCGUCCCUUCAGCACACCUUCAGGUACCCCAGCAGGGCCCGUGUCUUUCCAAAGAAGUACUGGAAGCUCAGAUCCUUCUUAUUCUUUUUCCUUCGACGCUGGUGAUCACUCACGUUCUGAGUCUGCUGACGCUAACCUCAAUGUUGAUGGAAAAUUUUCUUUCGUGGCUGACGACGGUGUCAGACGCAGUGUCACUUACGAAGCUGGAAGUGACACGGGAUUCCUGGCUCGAGGCGAUCACCUUCCACGAGCACCACAGUCACACUCCGAGUCUCAAACUACAUCAUCUGCAUUUUCAUCAUCACAAACCCCUUACCGCAGUCCAUCAGCGUCCCUACCUUCUUCCGUCUCUAGCACCCCAACUUUCUCUCGCUCACCAUCUGCUCCACGUCUUCCCGGCUUCACAAGCUCACAAACUCAGUACAGCUCCCCGUCCUCACGUCCCUCAGCACGCCCAUACACAGGUCAGUUCGAACCUGCCAAUACUCGCAGCCAACAGUCACCUGACGGAAGUUAUUCAUUUGCUUACGAAACGUCCAGUCACUCACGAGCAGAAUCAGGUGACAGAGACAACAACGUGGUGGGAAACUUCGACUUUGUUGCUGAUGAUGGACAGCGACAAGCUAUUGAAUAUGAAGCUGGGUCCCGUACAGGAUUUAUUGCUGAGGGUGAUCACAUUCCUGUAGGACCCGCGGUUCCAGGAGCACCCUCCGGUCAACCAACAGGUAGAAUCGUCCCUGUUCAAGAGGUCCCCUUCGUCGACCCUCUCGCUGACUCCAACGCUGAUGCCUCCUAUAACUUCGCCUUUGACUCGGAGCAAUAUUCACGCUCAGAGAGCGCAGACGCCGACGGCAAUGUCCGUGGCACUUACACAGUGGUAGACGAUGACGGCACUCGACGCACUCACCGAUUCCGUGCAGGUGAGGGCAUCGGCUUUGAAACUGAGGAAGUGUCAACUUCACGUGGUCCUCCUCCAUCUCGCUCUCCAUCAUCUGCCACCUUCCGCAGCCCAGCGGCCCCCGGCACAGCGGUGUCAUCUUCUCGGCAACAGGCACCAGGCCGGACGCCUCUAACUUCCAGCUUCGCCAGUACGAUGCCUCAGAGAACCGUG